CUCGGACACGGUUUAAGGUUCCGCAAGAAUAUUGUUGAUAAUAUAUCCAUGAUCCGAGCACGUAGCCAAAUUGAAACUACAGGGAAACGUCAGCGUCAUUGCCCGUAUUUCGCAGGGAUGUAAUCAAAGACUUAUUUGCAUAAACCUGGACUUUGAACGUGACGAGACCAAACAUAACUAAAGCCAAUCAGUGCACUUAGGACUGAACUAACGUCCUUGUUUGUAUGCAGAUAUGAAAUAUCCUUUUCACCAUCUUGAGUGAAUCACCCUCCUCCAAAGACAUGGCAGAUAAAGGCACAGAUACCCACCCGCAGACGGCAGCAGGUGUCAUUAAAGAAGAAAUACAAUCCAUACCUUCGGAAAAUAAACAGGAAGCACAAACUGCUACUGCAGAGCAGGAGUACUCUGAAGUAGAUUCUACUUCACCACCUGCAUCCACAGAGAAAGAGAAUAAUAACUACCAAGACAAAGAUACACACUCAUUUAAUGUUCAAGGCAGCAGUUCAGCUGAGGAUGUGUCAGUGCCUUCUACUGAAGGAUCCUGUGACAUUUCAGAGGAACUCAGUGUCUUGAAUGCACAGGAAAACAACACUUCUCCUGAAGAACAGGAUAAUGGGGAUAAAAACGGAGAGACACUACAUGAGUCAGCAGUGACAACUAACAAACAUUCGGAUGAGGGUCCUUUAUCAGAUAAAGAUGGAAGUGGGGAUAAAGAAACAACAGAAAUGGCCUGUUCAUCACUCAUGGGUGACCAAACAGAUGGACUAUCCUCUGUAGAAAAUGAAGAAUCCCCUGAGAUGGAAGACACUGGAGAGGCUAUGUCUAAAGAUGAUGAAGAAGAAGAACUUGAGAAAGAUGAAACACCUGAGAAACAAAAGGAUUCAAACAACAGCACAACAACAACACUCAGAAAGCAAGUCAUUGAAGAGGUUGGUCCUAUUACUCAGGAAGAGACAAAACCUAUUGUUCCAGAGGUUGCUAAAAAUCUUGAAGGACAUAGAAGAUAUUGGAUCCCAGUUGUUAUAGUCAUCCUUGUUGCCAUUCUGGUGCAACAGCUCCUGCUACAUGAGUCACCACCUCAGAAAAAGGAUGUCCGACAAAUAGAUGUGUUCCUCAGGGAAAUGACAAAAGUAAAGACUCAGUUCCCCAACCAGCGUGUUGAGCUGUGGAAUAGAAGCAAGAUCCACCUGCAAAGGCACUUCCAGAUUGCUCAUCCCACAGAGCCUGUCAGUCUGAUCCUGACCGCCGGCCUCAAAGCUGAGAGGACAUUACGGUGCUUAGCGAAGGGCCUGGCCUCCGCCUUCUCCACUGCUCUUAACGCCUCUGUUCUCCACAUUGAUGGGGUCAGCAAAGCCAGUCAGGACAGUGACCAGGUCAAGCUGGACAUUGAUAGUCAGUUGCAGGGAGCUUUUGAAGGAGACAAACCUGUGGCUGUCAUUCACCGCUUUGAGGAGCUACCUCCCGGCUCCACUCUGAUUUUCUACCGUUAUUGUGACCAUGAAAACGCUGCCUAUAAGAAAACAUUUUUGAUCUUCACAAUACUGCUCGGAGAAGAGGAGAUCCCUGCCAAGGUUCGGUUGAGUGCAGUGGAGGAAAUGGUGGAUGAUCACCUUCAGAAGAAGUUUCUUUCUCAUGGCCACCCCACUGCCUUUGACAAGAUGGAUAUUGACAAGUAUGGUGGACUGUGGAGCCGCAUUUCCCACCUCAUCCUGCCAGUGGCAGCAGAGGAAGGGAUUGAACAGAAAGGCUGUUAGGGGAUGGAACUCAUUACUCCUGUUUAGUUUCUGACAAACCACCACUGUCACAUAUAUAUGAGAUCUCUCACUUCAGGCCUCAUCAUGCUGGAGGUUUUAUGGAUCUACCAAACUAAUUAUGCAGCUCACUGCAGGUGAUGGCAUCAAGGAUAAGUACAACAUACAAUUCAGGCAGUUAUGAACUUUGUAAAAAGAUCUGGAUAUUCACCAUGAGAACAUCUGUCAAAAGCGCUGUGGCACUUUAUUGUUUUAGUCUUUGAUGAGACGGUUUUUCCAAGUGGAAAAACAUUUAAUUUGGGUUUUAAGUGGAUUGUAUAAUGUGUGUAGAUUUUUUUAAUGUAAAAUAUUACAAAUAUUAAAAAUCAUUUAAAUUAAAAUGUGUUUUUUCUCCUAGAGUUGCAAUUAAUAGUAGUUGAUUUGGGAUCAGAAUUAUUCUGUUAAUAGAUCAUAUUUCUGCAGAUUUUUAACCUUCAUGGCACCACGUGCCUUAAGUCAACUUCUCAUGUUGAUUUAUUUCAUAAACACGUAGCUACAUUUCACUACUGGAUGAAGAUUGAAUAAAGUACAAGAAAUGUGCCUUAAGUCCAAUUAAACAUUUUUAUUCCAAUA